AUGCGAGUUUAUGUGGCUGUGAUCCUCGCGUACGGAGUGACAGCACUCAAUGUCACGGAGGAGAAGGCGACAUGUCCCCUCGGGUAUUUCCCCUGUGGCAACCUGACCGUCUGCCUCCCGCAGCUCCUGCACUGCAACGGCAUCGAUGACUGUGGGAAUCAGGCGGAUGAGGAGAACUGUGGAGACAAUAAUGGAUGGCCCCAUCUCUUCGACAAAUACUUUGGAAUGCCGAGCUACAACACAGGGACCAAGUCCAACGUUUGCCUGCUGGGUCUCGUUCCCGACCUGUGUAAGUGCCGGGAGCUGGAGCUGGACUGUGACAGCACGCAGCUCCGAGACGUCCCCGCGGUGGCGAUAAAUGUCACCAUGAUGUCUCUACAGAGGAACCGGCUUCACAAGCUGAAGGAAAACUCGUUCUUCAAGUACCAGAGCCUCCAGAAACUAUACCUUCAGCAUAAUAGAAUUCAGGAUGUGAGUCCCGACGCCUUCAGAGGACUCUACAACCUGACAAGACUAUAUCUGAGCUAUAACAGGAUAUCGGUUCUGCUGCCGGGCGUGUUCCAGGACCUGCACAAGCUGGAGUGGUUGAUCCUAGAAAAUAACAUUAUCCAUCAAAUAUCCCCCAUGACCUUUUCGGGACUCAACUCCCUUGUUUUACUGGUGAUGUUGAACAACUCUCUGACAACGCUGGAUGACGUCUGUCGGGAAAUGCCGAGAUUGAACUGGCUGGAUUUGGAGGGCAAUCUCAUAGAGACGAUUGGAAACGUCUCGUUCUGCUCAUGCAAUAUGUUGACUGUCCUGGUUUUACAGCGGAACAGGAUCGGACACAUACACGAACAAGCUCUCUCAGUCCUCCAGAAACUCGGAGAAUUGGAUCUCUCCAACAACAGACUGGUGGCGAUUCCGCCCAAUCUCUUUGUCUUACUGGGGGAUUUGCUUCAACUGAAUAUAUCAUACAAUCCCAUCCUGGAGCUCCAAGUAGACCACUUUGACGACUUGCACAAACUGAAAUCUUUGAGCAUAGAGGGGAUCGAAAUUGGAAACAUACAACGGCGGAUGUUUGAACCUCUCAAAUACUUGACUCAUAUCUACUUCAAGAAGUUCCAGUACUGCGGCUAUGCUCCUCACGUGCGCAGCUGCAAGCCGAACACCGACGGCAUCUCGUCCUUCGAGGAUCUGCUGGCCAACAUCGUGCUGAGGGUCUUCGUGUGGGUGGUGUCGGCCACCACCUGCUUCGGCAACAUCUUCGUCAUCUGCAUGCGCUCGUACAUACGCUCCGAGAACAAACUGCACGCCAUGUGCAUCAUCUCCCUCUGCUGUGCCGACGGGCUCAUGGGCGUCUACCUCUUCAUGAUCGGCGCUUACGACCUGAAGUUUCGAGGCGAGUACAACCGGCACGCUCAGGCCUGGAUGGACAGCGGUCAGUGUCAGGUCAUCGGCUCUUUGGCCAUGCUGUCCACCGAGGUGUCCGUGCUGCUCCUCACGUAUCUCACCCUGGAGAAAUACAUCUGCAUCGUCUACCCUUUCCAGUACUUGACGCCCGGCUGGCGACGAACUGUCACCAUCCUCCUCGGGAUUUGGGUGUUUGGCUUUAUCGUUGCCUUUCUGCCGCUGGCCUGCAAGGGGCUGUUCCGCAACUUCUACGGGACCAACGGGGUUUGCUUCCCGCUGCACUCGGAGCAGCCGGAGACGCUGUGGGCUCACGUUUACUCCAUCGUCAUUUUCCUAGGUCUGAACCUGGUGGCGUUCCUCAUCAUCGUCCUCGCCUAUGCAAGCAUGUUCUAUAACAUCCAGAGAACCGGCACUCAGACCACCAUGUACAGCAACCACAUCAAGAAAGAGGUGACCAUCGCCAAGAGGUUCUUCUCCAUCGUCGUGACUGACUCCCUGUGCUGGAUCCCCAUUUUCAUCCUCAAGAUCCUGUCACUGCUGCAGGUGGAGAUUCCCGGCACCAUCAGCUCCUGGGUGGUCAUAUUCAUCCUCCCCAUCAACAGUGCUCUUAACCCCAUCCUGUACACGCUGACCACGCGGCCCUUCAAAGAGACCAUUCUGCAGGUGUGGGCCAACUACAGGCAGAGCAGGCCGCUGCUCAGCGGUCACCCUGCUCAUCAUCCGUCGCUCACCUGGCAGGAAACGUGGGCGGUGCAGGAGAACAGCCAAGGCCUCACCCCGGGCCACGCUCUGGAAACGACAAACACGCUAGCCAAGCUCACCCCCGUGGAAAACCCCGACGAGGGAUACAACGUCCUAGCGGCGUGCACGCAGCAGAAGCAGUGUACGGUGGUGUCGGUGUGUUCGCAGAAACAAACCAUGCUGCACACGCUCACUCACGCACAAACAAACGAACUCAUCUAG